AUGAGCUGUCUCAUAGCUAAACAUAAUAAUAUUAAAAUUAGAACAGCUACUUUGAGAGUAAAUAAUAAUGAUCAUUCAAACCCCAACAGUCCAGGUGUUAACAUUGGUAGUAGCCAAACUAAUAACAAUAGCCAAAGCAUUACCCCUAUAACUUCGAUACCUAACCGCCAAGCUGACAACUUAGAGAUAAAUAACAGUAGUUCCCUAAACAGCGAAUUUAAUGUUGAUAAUGACUAUAGCCACAUUAAUAAUAGUAACAGCCAAUAUAAUAACAAUAAUAAUCUGGAUAGUAAUAGCAAUAUUGAAACAGCUAGUAACAACACCCAUUACAAUAACGGAGAUAAUCUUAUACCCAAUAAUUAUAUAACUAAUGAAGAUAAUACUAUUACAACUUUUAAUGUGAUAACUCAGUCCACAUCGAAUAAUAAUUAUGAAUUUAAUUAUACCAAUUGUAAUAGCAAUAUAACUAGCAAUAAUAGAAAUGUAGAAGAUAGAUCCAAUAUCGGUACUAGAAGUAGAAGAAAUAUAGGCCGGAACAACUUAAAUAGCACCAAUAGUGAUAAUAGCAGUAACAAUGGCGAAAAUAUUAGCGGAGCUUCUAUCUACCAUAAUAGCAACCUUGACAACAACCAUACCGAAAUUAUCUGUCCACAGAUUAAUAACAGACAGCCGGGAAAUGGUAAUUCGGAUGCAAUUGUGUGGAUGCAACAGCCUGUCCUUUAA